CCGGCCGGGAGGACGGGCCCUCCAUCCCCACCUUCUCCUCCUCCCAUCUCCUCCCCUCCCUCACCCCCUCCUCCCCGGUGCCGCCGUCACUCUCAAGCCGGGAGCCGAGGGAAGCUUAGAGGCCGCCGGUGUCCACGCUGUGCCCGGAGCCGCAUUGGGAAUACGUCAGGAGGAUCCCGGGGCUGUGACCACACCGCUGCCAAGAUGGAGCAAUUAUCAGAUGAGGAGAUUGAUCAUGGAGCAGAAGAGGACAGUGAUAAGGAAGACCAGGAUCUGGAUAAGAUGUUUGGAGCUUGGCUAGGGGAGCUGGACAAGCUUACUCAGAGUCUGGACACUGAGAAGCCAGAAGAACCAGUGAAGAGAUCACCUCUGCGCCAUGACACCAAUCUUGCUAACUUUUCGUAUAGGUUUUCCAUGUACAACAUAAAUGAAGCUUUAAAUCAAGGGGAAACCGUGGAUUUAGAUGCUCUCAUGGCAGACCUCUGCUCAAUUGAGCAGGAACUUAGCAGCUUUGGGUCCCAUUCCUCCAUGAACACCCAUAAGACUCAUGAACGCAGGUCUUCCCAGAAGCCACCAGCUGGACGUACAAGCACCAAACAGAGCAGUUUAAGAGGAUUGCCUUCUUCAUCUGGGAGGAUAACUAAACCUUCUCAUGCCAAUUUUUCAUUGGAUGAUAUCACUGCACAGUUGGAACAGGCCUCUCUAAGCAUGGAUGAGGCGGCACGGCAGACAGCUGUAGAAGAUGCUAAGCCAGCUGUAACCAUCCAUCAUAGGCGGACAGCUUCAGCAGGCACAGUCAGCGAUAGUGAUAUUCGUUCUGUUAGCAACUCCUCACGUUCCAGCAUUACAUCAGCAACCUCCAGUAUGGACUCCCUGGAUAUUGACAAAAUGACAAGACCUCAGGAGCUAGACCUGAUACAAAGUCAGCCCAUUUCUGAGCACUCCUAUCUGGACAGGGAGACCUCCCUUCUGCUCAGAAACAUUUCGGGAAAGCCCUCUCACUUGCUGACUAAGGAGGAACAGGCUGCUAAAAUAAAGGCAGAGAAGAUUCGAGUAGCUUUAGAAAAGAUAAAAGAAGCUCAAGUUAAAAAGCUGGUGAUCCGAGUGCACAUGUCAGAUGACAGCUCCAAGACAAUGAUGGUGGACGAGAGGCAAACAGUACGCCAGGUCCUGGACAACUUGAUGGACAAAUCCCACUGUGGAUACAGCCUGGAUUGGUCACUAGUUGAGACCAUUUCUGAGCUACAAAUGGAUCGUAUCUUUGAAGAUCAUGAAAAUUUAGUUGAGAACUUAUUGAACUGGACUCGGGAUAGCCAGAACAAGCUGAUGUUUGUGGAGCGCAUUGAGAAAUAUGCUUUGUUCAAAAAUCCACAAAACUAUCUUUUAGGAAGGAAAGAGACUUCGGAGAUGGCUGACAGAAAUAAGGAAGUCUUAUUAGAGGAAUGCUUCUGUGGUAGUUCAGUAACUGUCCCGGAAUUAGAGGGAGUCCUGUGGCUGAAGGAUGAUGGAAAGAAGUCCUGGAAGAAGAGAUAUUUCCUACUCCGAGCAUCUGGUAUUUACUAUGUACCAAAAGGGAAAGCAAAGGCAUCUCGAGACCUUGUCUGCUUCCUUCAGCUGGAUCAUGUCAAUGUUUACUAUGGUCAGGAGUACCGGAGCAAGUACAAAGCUCCUACAGACUACUGCCUAGUAUUAAAGCAUCCCCAAAUCCAGAAAAAGUCUCAGUAUAUCAAGUAUCUGUGCUGCGAUGAUGUCCGAACAUUGCACCAGUGGGUUAAUGGAAUCCGUAUAGCAAAGUAUGGGAAGCAGCUUUACACUAAUUAUCAAGAGGCCUUGAAGAGGACAGAAGCUGCUUAUGACUGGACAUCUUUGUCCAGCUCCAGCAUGAAAUCUGGGUCCAGCUCUUCUAGUUUACCAGAAUCCCAGUCAAACCAUUCAAACCAGUCAGAUAGUGGACUGUCUGAUUCCCUGGCCACCAGCCAUGUACGUUCCCAGAGCAUCGUGAGCUCGAUCUUCUCUGAAGCCUGGAAGAGAGGAACCCAGCUGGAGGAAUCCAGCAAGGCUCGUAUUGAAACUCUAACACGUCCCUUAACUUCAUUGACCCCUCAGUCACAGGUUCAGAUAAGAGCUGUCUCUCCACAUGGGUUAUCUCAACCCUCACCGCUUGCACCACCACCUCCUCCUCCACCACCACCUCCACCGCCGCCUCCACCACCUCCUCCACCUCUUCCCACACAUUCCAAAUCCACCCCAAUAUUAUUUGCAAAGUACAGUACAAUUACAAGAUUGCAAAAUGCUGCCCAAUAUCCAGGGCCUCAUUUUAAGGCACCAUCAGCUACCCAUGUAGUGCAACAUUCUACACUAAGUACAAAACCUCAAAUGGUUGUCACUCCAAAUGGAGCUAUUCCUCCACCCCCACCACCUCCCCCUCCACCUCCACCACCUCCCCCUGGUUCUGCUAUGGCAAUGCUAAAACCUAACCCAUGUGCACCAUCCACUCCUCAGUUUACACCACCACCCCCUCCUAUAAAGAUUAAUCAAGUUCCACAGAAUAUUACUAUCCAGAGUGCACAGCCUCCUCCACCGCCACCAUUACCACCACCUCCACCCCCUCCUCCUCCACCUUCAUUCCAAGCUCCUGUCAAGCAAUUUCCACCUGUAAGUAAAAUUACAGCCCCUGUUUGUAAUCCACCAAUUACAGCAACCACAGGACCACCUACAGCACCCAAAAAGCAGUUGCACUUUACUCCUUCCCAAAUUCAACAACCUUUAAUAUCUACAUCAGCUCCAUCCGGUCCUACACCACCACCACCAACAUUACCGAAACAGCAAAGUUUUUCUACCAAGCCUCCUUCCUCUCCACAGUCAGCCAUGCCCUCGGUUAAGCAAAUUGUUAGUCAGUUUCCACCACCUGUUCCGUCAGAUCCUACUAAGCCAGCAACACCAAGUACUGCUCCUCAGUCUCCCCCAGCUGUGAAAGCAAAACCAAAAUGGCAGCCGUUUUCUGUUCCUUCACCAGAAUUUCCUCCUCCUCCUCCUGAAAGUAGCUUAGCAUUACUUCCUCCACCGCCCCCGCCCCCUCCACCCCCACCUUCAACAUCCCCUGUUCCACCACCUUCCCCUACACCAGACAAAACAGGUUCCCCUAUUAAGAAACAAACCAAGACAUCAAGUCCUGGAGGGAAAAAACCUCCACCCACACCACAGCGAAAUUCUAGUAUUAAGUCCAAUAGUUCUGCUGAGUAUCAUGAAUCCAAGAAGACAUCUGUGGACAGUCUUGUGUGUAAAUUUUCAGAGCCCCCUGGAUCUCCUUCUAAAGAGUCAUUACCCCCACCAGCAGCUCCGCCAAAACCUGUUAAACUUAAUCUUUCAGGGGUAAACUUGCCAAUGGUUUUUCAACAAGGAAAUCUCUCUGCCCAUAUUAUUCAUACAGCAAAAGAACACACAACAGAAUUUCCAUCUCCUCCUUCUGAUUCAGAGUCUGAAUUUCCUCCUCCACCAGCUGAUCUUGAGCUUCUACCCCCUCCACCUCCACCUGUAGAUGCCCCACCAAUGUUAUUUUCUGGAAAUACCUCACCAAAAGUAGCAGUAGUGAAUCCACAGCCGCAGACCUGGUCCAAAUCGUCUGUAAAGAAAGCGCCACCUCCUACUAGGCCAAAACGGAAUGAUAGUAUGAGAGCAAUGCAAGCUGAAAUGACAGAACCUGCCCCUGCAAGUCCACAAGUUCCAACUUCACCCAAGCCUGGCCUUAGUGUACAGCCUGGAUUCCUUGCUGACCUAAAUAAGACUCUGCAGCGAAAAUCUAUUACUCGACAUAGUUCUCUGUCCUCAGCCCGUUUAUCACGGCCUGAACCCACUGCUACUAUGGAUGAUAUGGUAUUGCCUCCUCCACCACCAGAACUUUUAGGCGAUCAUCAAAAAGCUAAUUGCUAUGGAGGCAGUCAUUUAUCAGGCUAUGCAACGUUACGAAGGGGACCACCACCAGCCCCACCUAAAAGAGACCAGAAUACCAAACUUUCUGGAGACUGGUAACCCAUGUCAUAAACAUUUUUGGACGACUUGCACACCCGGCUGACAAAUGUACCAUUAAUUUAGAUUCAUUGUAUAAUAUUCAAUCAAACAUUGCCUUUUCAGAAUAAGGGUCAUUGUGCACUUUUCUGGACAGAAAAAGAAUCUGGUGAUCAGUUACUAUUCUCAGUAUGGACAGGACCAAAAGUCUACUCAUAAUCUACAUAUAAUGAAAUCUUUUUGUAGUGUACGUUGGUGUGCAGUGUGUCUCUGCAUGUAUUCCUACAAUAGGCAUAUAAUUCUGUAAGUAAUAAUAUAGCAGCUGUAAAAUAAAAGAUAACAAGAAUGUUUUA